GCUACAAAGUGGCUAAGUUGGCAAUCCUGCAUUGAAGGCUUUUAUAGCCUACUUUAUAACGGAUGUAUUGGGCUACAGGUCACGUGUGAAGCAGUGCCGUCUGUCUCCUCCCUGAACGCAUCUUCUCCAUCUGAUUCCUGAGUAGCGAGGACACGCGCUCCAGUUGAUCCAGAAGAACAAUCUGUCUGCUGAGCACUGAAUCAUGGACCUCAUCAUCAACGUGACGUGUGCAGAGAUUCAGACUCCAGUGGGGUUUGUGUUUGUGAUUCUGUCUGUUAUAAUGAAUCAAACUAAUAAUCCUGACUGUGAGCAGAGCUGGUAUCUACAGGAUGAUCGUCUGAUAGCAGAUCCAUCAGAUCCUCAGAAACUGAUUGCUCCUGUGGUUUCUGUCUCUUCUGAUCGUCUCGUCACGUCUCACUGCGUGAAUCUGAAGCAUGAGAUCAUCUGUGAUUCUGCUGAUGGAUCUCAUUCCAGUCAUAAGAUCAUCUUCAGAGUGAGGAAUGAGACCAGCAUCAGUGAAUCGACUCAAACUCCAGAAUCACAUCAGCUGUUGUGGCUUCUUGCUGUUUUUAUCAUCGUUCUUUUCAUCGUGUUCUUGAUCCGUUUCUUGCUGCGGAGAAGAAAACUCAGAGAUCCUGAAUCUGGUGUCCAGAUGAAGCUCAGAUCAGAUGAAUCUGAUUCACUGAAUCAAUCUGAAUCUGUUUCUCACAGAGAUCCUGAAUCUAAUGUCCAGAUGAAGCUCGGAUCAGAUGAAUCUGAUUCACUGAAUCAAUCUGAAUCUGUUUCUCACAGAGAUCCUGAAUCUAAUGUCCAGAUGAAGCUCGGAUCAGAUGAAUCUGAUUCACUGAAUCAAUCUGAAUCUGUUUCUCACAGAGAUCCUGAAUCUAGUGUCCAGAUGAAGCUCGGAUCAGAUGAAUCUGAUUCACUGAAUCAAUCUGAAUCUGUUUCUCACAGAGAUCCUGAAUCUAGUGUCCAGAUGAAGCUCAGAUCAGAUGAAUCUGAUUCACUGAAUCAAUCUGAAUCUGUUUCGCACAGAGAUCCUGAAUCUAGUGUCCAGAUGAAGCUCAGAUCAGAUGAAUCUGAUUCACUGAAUCAAUCUGAAUCUGUUUCUCACAGAGAUCCUGAAUCUAAUGUCCAGAUGAAGCUCAGAUCAGAUGAAUCUGAUUCACUGAAUCAAUCUGAAUCUGUUUCUCACAGAGAUCCUGAAUCUGGUGUCCAGAUGAAGCUCAGAUCAGAUGAAUCUGAUUCACUGAAUCAAUAUGAAUCUGGGCAGAUCAACGGCUCCAUGUCCAGAGGAUGA